AUGGACCCGAAACGGCAGACCAGUACACGUAUUACCGGGUGCCAGUUCUCAAUCAACGCGAAGCAGGAUCCCGACGGCACCCAGUGGCACGUCAAACAUCGUCCCGGUACCCAGUUUGCCGUCCACAAUCAUGAGCCCAGCCCGCAUAUAUCAGCACAUCCAAGUCUCCGCGCCCUCUCCGCAAGCGAUGAGGCGACGAUUAGCGACCUCACGCAAGCUAGUAUUGCGCCGAGAGACAUCCGCACCUACCUGCGCCAAAACUCGUCGUCUGGCGGGGUGGCGACGCAACAAGAUAUAUAUAACUGCAUCGCGAAGAGCAAGCGAGCGCUUUGCGAAGGACAAAGCACGAUACAAGCCCUCGCCAACGAGCUAGACAGUCAGGGGCUCUGGAGCCGGAUCCAGCUCGACCAAGCCCGCCGAGUAACUGCAGUCUUAUUCGCCCACCCGGAAUCAUUGGCUUAUCUCCAAGCAUAUCCGGAGCUGCUCAUCCUGGACUGCACCUACAAGACGAACAAGUAUAAGAUGCCACUCCUCGACAUGAUUGGGGUGGACGCUUGCCAACGCUCGUUUUGUAUCGCCUUUGCCUUCCUUAGCGGCGAGGCCGAAGAAGACUUCAUUUGGGCAUUGGAUCGGCUACGCUCCAUACCUGCGUUCGUGCGCCGCGAGGGUGACGAGCAAAGCAUUGAGAAAUGGACGGAAUUCUUCGGGUACUGGUUUGCAAUCGUCAAUUCCAUAGACGAAGAAGCAUAUAACCGACAGCUUGACGAGCUUGAAAGACGCUAUGUGCCAGAGUACGUUGACGAGGUUAGCUACAUCAAGCAGACGUGGCUUAACUUGUACAAGGAGAAGCUCGUGAAGGCCUGGGUUGACCAGCAUGCUCAUUUUGGCAACAACGUCACAUCUCGGGUUGAAGGCAUCCACGCACUCUUGAAGGGGCAUCUCAAGAACUCACAACAAGACCUUUUCACGGCAUGGAAUCGGAUCAAGCAGGCACUGCUGAACCAGCUCGCCGAACUUCGAGCUAACCAAGCCUUGCUGGUCCGAUACUUCCCAGAGCGUCCCGACAACGUGCCGAAAGCCAGAGAGCUGGAAGGCACUCGCGAGAUGAAUGCCCUCGUCAACGAGUUUGUCGACACCGUUGGCUCCGGUGGAACAAGCCGAUAG